AUGGCUUGGUUCCCGUUCAAUUUACGGUCCUCCGCUCCAAUUUUGAUGGUAUCGUCAUUCCUGGCAGCUCUUGCUUUCUCAAUCGGUCACCAUGCUUUCUAUCAGCGCCUCAACGACAAAUCUGUGCUCAAUAGCUCUCCAUUUUCCCUAACAAAAUCAUACCACGUCUCAGACCAGCAGGUCAAUGUCUCUGUUGGAACCUUCUUCGCAUUCCUCGUCAAAGCCCUUCUCGGAGUCGCUGUUUCGACUGUAUUCGACCAGUUCGCAUGGAAAUCGAUCAAAGAUCACACAUCCAGGAUCGGUAGUAUAGAUGACCUCUUCUCUGUUCUGAAAAAUGGUUUCAUGAUCCUCAACUUCCCAUUAUGGCGGCAUUACCCGGUCAGCAUGCUGCUUGCCUGCAUUGCAUGGCUUCUGCCGGUGGCAUCUAUCAUAACGCCCGCGACAUUGAAUGUGCACAUGGCAUCGUUCGCGAAUUCGACUUCGACCAAAGUUCCUCGCGUGGACUUUGCGAAUAUCAAUUUUUCCAAUUUAAAACUAAUAAACGGAUCCGGAACAGACGCCUUGCACUACUCGGAUUCCACACCUGAGGUUCAACAGAUCGUGUAUAGCACUGCCAUGCAGAAGACCGUUCUGCCUAUCACACCUCCCUUUUCCAAUUCAUCGUGGGUGUUGGACUUUAGUGGUCCUGCGCUGGGCUGUGAGCAUGCCGACGACAAGCUUCGCCGCGAUGUCAUGGAGAACGUGCGAUCGACAAUAAUAAAUGCUACUUUUGUCGACGUGAAUAAAACGCUAUUGGCUUCUUCGUUUGGAUAUCUGUCAUGGAUGCCAGAGGGAUACGGAUACGGGUCGCUGCCAUUUAUUCAGAGCUAUGUUGAUGAAGGGUUGUAUAAUGAACUUCCGGGCACAGUAUACAAUAUGUUCCCAGGGAAAUACGACUCUCAGAUAAUGGGCCCCUUGCAACUUUAUAUGGUCACUCUUCCACAUAUGUUAGCUCAAGGUGAUCUAUCGAAUGCAGACCUUAAUCGCACCACAGAAGAUGCAACAUUUCUUACUUGUACGUUGUACAAUGCAUCAUAUACGGCCAACUUCACUUAUUUCAAUGGUCAGCAGAAUAUUCAGCUACGCAAGGUUGAGCGCUUGAAUAAGGUGGACUAUCUGAGUGAUAUGUAUACCUAUUCUGGUUCCGGAGACCUCGCUGGAAUACAUAAUAGGACGGCUAUGGAGACUUUUUCCUACCAGUCUAUUAUGGCGCAGUUCGGAAGUCUCUUGACUGGUAACAUCAACAAGGAAACGUACCACGUUAAGGAUACUACAAGGCUGGGAGGUAAUGGCAGAACCAUACACAGUACUAAUUCAUCAUCAAUUAGGAUUGAUCGGACAAGUGUCAUGACAACUGGACUAUCCAACACAAACGAAUUUAGCACACUACGUAUGGCCAUCUACGAAGACAACCAUGGGGAUUCCCUCAGCAAUUUUUGGCGUGAACAGUCUACCAUACAGCCUAACAACACAUCAAUUCCCUUGUCAGACGCUUUGGAGCAAUUGUUUCAAAAUAUAACGCUUUCAAUGAUGAGUUCGAGCGUAUUCCAACCGAAUUACUCCAUGUCAGAUAUCCCAGACGUGAAUGUAACCAUGAUCACCUACCGCAAUAUAUACGCCUACUCACAAUCCAUCCUUUGGACUGCUUACGGUACUGCCCUAGCUGUGUCGUUCCUCAGCGUCAUCCUGGGUGUGAUAAUCUUUUUUGUCAAUCAUGGCUCCUACAGCAGCAAAUUUUCUACCGUAAUGCGGACGACUAGAACCGCAGACAUUUCGACCGGACUCAAUGCAGAAGAUGCCAAGGGCAUAGAUCCGACUCCGGGUCAUAUAAACAACGCAAAUAUCUAUUUCAAUGAUGGACCGAACCAGAAACUCGGUAGGAGCGUUACAAAUGUCGAGCCGAAUGCGGAGAAAGAAGUACCAGAGACGGUGGAGAGAACACGGACAGCAGAGGUAUCAGAGCCGACAGAAGCAGUAUUAGAUGGAGGAUUAAGCCCAGUCUCGGAUCAGGAGUCGCGACCACCGAGCUGGUUCGUUGAAAUGCAACGGGAUCAUGGGGCCGACCAUUAG